AUGAAGGACUACGGCGGUGCGUCGACGCUGGACGGGAUGUAUCUGGCGAAGAUUGUGCAAGAUAUGCUGCCUUCGCUCGCGGCUGUCUAUUUCUUCGGUGCCUACCUCAUCACAUCCAUUUUUGCCGACGAUAUCGCUGAUAAAAAUAAUACUGCAUCAUCUCGUCGUACAAAUAUUGCGAUCGGGUCUCUAAUAUCGACUGUCUUUCUGACUUAUGUCGCGGACUCGAUAAGUCUGCUCUCUUCUACCGCUGAAGAUGGCGUUGUCUUUCCAAAAGGUCGCCUUCUAUUCGAACUGUCGUCGGGUCUUCUCUGGUUUACCACCAUAUUGCUGUACUCAGACAAACGGCCGCAGCCAGUGUCAUACCCUUUCUAUGGCUUGUGGAUCAUAUAUCUCGUGUCAGAGAUUUCCCUGUUCCUCUGCCCUAGAGUUGUUUACCUUCCAGCAAACAUUAUUGGCCUACUAUGCCAAACAAUAAGGGUUAUUGCACUUUCACUGCUUAUCUGUGUUGCCUUUGGUCCUCGAGUUUUUCCAGGCAAGAAGGCAAAACUUGAUGAAGAAAAUUCGCCUUUACUUGCACACGAGCAGCCAAUUCUUGCGGAUCCAGCCACUGUCACCCGUGUAAAUGGGGCUGCAUAUGGGUCGUGUGACUCGGAAACUUCAAACAACCAGUCAACCAAAAAUGGGGCAAAGGACUCCAAGACAAAUGUUGACACCGAUGGUAAGGAGGGUAAGGAGAAGAGAGGAGGCAUUUGGUCCUCAAUGAAGGACUUGAAGGAACUCGCACCGUUUUUCUGGCCUUCAGGGAGGCCUCGCCUUCAGCUCCUCUUUGGAGCUGAGAGAGCGGUCAAUCUCUUGAUCCCUAUCCAACUAGGCUUAAUAACAGAUAUCCUCAGCAAAUCUCAAGGAGGACCUUUGCCUUGGGAACAAAUCCUAAUUUUUGCCGCACUUCGUCUCCUAGACUCAAGUGGAGGGUUACCGGCAUUAAGAAGGUUUAUGUGUAUGCCGGUGGAUGACUUCUCAUAUCUGAAACUGAGCACAACGGCUUUUAAUCAUGUUAUGUCGCUCUCUUGUGAUUUCCAUGACAAUAAGCACUCGGGAAGGCUAUGGACCGCAGUCAUUCGAGGCCAGUCUGUGAAAGACGUUAUCCACAGCAUUCUUUUUCUCGUUGCUCCAAUGAUUAUAGACCUCGUGUUGGCUGUUGGCGUGCUUUACUACGUGUUCGAUGGCUACAUGGCCCUAGAUGUUGCUACGGUAAUGGUGCUCUUCUUGUGGACGUCUGGAAAGCUGGUCACAAAACAAAAGGAUAAACGGCGAGAGUGGAAUGAGGCCCGGGGAGCAGAGUUUACUGCUCUAUGUGAAUCGACAGAGAACUGGCGCACAGUUUCUUAUUUUAGCCGCGUGCCGUACGAGAUAUCGCGAUACUUAUCUCUCGUACAAGCCCAAUUGAAAGCCCGGUUUAAAUUCCGAUUUUGGGAUCACAUGGAGAAUGCAACGCAGUCAGCUCUGUUAAUAUGUGGGCUUACGGCUGCUUGUUUUAUGGCGGCGUACCAUGUUUCUACCGGAGAGAAACCCAUUGGCAGUUUUGUUAUGCUGCUGAGCUACUGGGCCCAAUUAUCGAGCCCCCUGCAAUUUAUUGCUAAUGGGUUUGGGGAGAUGGCUCGCGAUUUGGUCGAUGUUGAAGAGUUUCUCUCAAUUCUACGCCAGAAGCCCACUGUCCAGAACUCGCCUGAUGCAAAACCUCUGGAGUUUGAAACUGGAAGCAUCAAGUUUACCAAUGUCAACUUUUCUUAUGAUGGUAAGAGGGGAGUACUCCGAAAUAUCAACUUCCAGGCUAAAGCUGGUGGCACAACUGCAUUGGUCGGCCAAACAGGUGGAGGCAAAUCAACCAUUUUGAAGUUAAUAUUCAGAUUCUACGAUCCCACUCAAGGUAUGGUGCAGAUCGAUGGGCAGGAUGUGUCCGGUGUGUCGUUAGAGACACUUCGUGAGGGCAUUGGUGUGGUUCCUCAAGAUCCAACUCUUUUCAAUGCUUCAAUUAUGAACAACUUACGCUACGGAAGGCUGGAUGCUACUGACGAGGAGGUAAUGGAAGCUUGCAAAGCAGUUGCUCUCCAUGACAGAUUUAUGAGCCUUACGGAUGGGUAUGACACCUUGGUUGGUGAGCGAGGUAUGAGAUUGUCUGGCGGAGAGCUCCAGCGUGUUGCCAUUGCACAAGCUAUCCUGAAGAACCCUCGAAUUGUUCUUCUAGAUGAGGCUACAAGUAGUGUGGAUAGUGAAACAGAGGUGAUUGUCCAAGAGAGUCUGAAAACGCUCACCGCGGGGCGGACCACACUAGUUAUUGCGCAUCGGCUCUCUACCAUUGUUAAUGCGGACCGAAUUGUUGUUAUAAACAAUGGUGAAAUCGUUGAGCAGGGAACUCAUGCUGAACUGAUACAGAAUCACGGAUACUACCGUCGCUUGUGUUUCCGCCAGGGAUUUCUAGAAGCAAGCGAACCUGAUAGUGGCACCCCAUUCUCAGAGACGACUUGCUCCUGCCAUCAAUAUGCGCCAAAUGCGGGGAGCUCAUGGAAACCCGAUGCCCCUGAAUUCAUACCUAAAGCAUACAAACCACCGGGCGAGAAUCAGUCACAGCCUCCCCUUAGCGAGUGUGAUUCAAAUAGACAACGACCAGGAGAUAAGUUAUUUUCGGAAUCAACUGUCGAUAUUUACGAAACAGACACGGACGACAGCUUCCAUAUUGAUACUGGACAUGACAAGGAAAAUAUUCGAGUAAAAUUCGCUGCGGAACGCACCACGAAUGCCAACAGUAGCGAGCAAACAUUAAGAAACGAGAUCAAACCAGGUCAGGAUGAACCCAAGGUGUUUUAUCCCACCAUGAACGAGAACGCGCGAGGCAACUCCCUAGGCUUUGACGAGGGAUAUGAUGCCGCUGCUGAAGGGCUCAUUGUAUCAAAAAAGCGCGGCGCGCAAGGCACCACUCGCAGGGGACUAUCAAGGAGCGAGCCGUCAAACAUGACAGCGCAAGUCAACAUGGAUGGUGAUGAGGACUCUGAUAACUGGCAGACUGUUGGCACAAGAGCGAAGGCUACCUCAAGCCCGGGCAAACCCCAUGCCCGAGGUCAAGCGCAUCCGCGCCGCCGUCGCAGACAUAGAAAAGGAAGAGAGAACUAUCAGAAAUCGGAAGCUGAGCCCUGA